AUGGCCACUCUUGCCGAACAUCCCAUGCUCAAUACGGCAUCGCCGAUGCCAAUGAACUCGUACGAUCAAGACUUGGAUUCUUUCAUCAACUUGGACCAACUGGGCUACACGUCUGCCGACGCCGCUCGUUCCAAGAUUGCGGUCGCAGGCCAACCCGCCGUCACGGGCAUCGAUUAUGCCAGCAGCGAUGCCCGCAGUGCCAGCUUCGCCUCCAGUGCUCACUCACCCCUUGUAUUUCCCGCCCCCAGUCACCAAUAUGAAGAGCACCACCAACAGACAGGCCUUCCACCCGGUGCCUUGUCAUUGUCUUAUAACCACGUCCCUCAUAUGAACUUCAACGGCGCCCAAGGAUAUCCAAUGAUGAAGCGCGAGAGUUCAAUGUUCAACUUCAACACUACUCCGUCCCGGAACUCGUCCGAGAUGGAGAUUGAAUCGGACGGCAUGAACGCCGCGCCUUUCUUCUUCCAGGCGGGCGCUGGAAAGACUCAAUAUGUCGACCCGAACGCACUCGGAGGCCAUGAGCUGGCUCAGGCUGGUCCGUCUACGCAGGUCGGUCGAAUGUACCCGGGCAUGCAUCAGCAGCAGGCUGCGAUGGCCAAAGCCCAACAACAGAAGCAGAGUGACCUGCUCCGCCAACAGCAAAUGCAACAACCCCCCACGAGGGAGUCUUCGACAGCCACCCCGACCCAAAACUUCCGUCAGCCAGAUACCGUGGUCGAGGAGCGUAUUUCUCGGCUUCUGCAGCAGAUGCGGGAGAAUGCCGGCGUAUCCGGCGGCGGCUCCCCAACCCCUUCCUCCAUCUUACCUCACAUGACGAAAGCCAAGAAAGACGAGGCCGACAUGGACGAGGAUGAGCGGCUUUUGGCAAGUGAAGAGGGCAAGAAAUUGAGCAGCAAGGAGCGUCGCCAGUUGCGCAACAAGGUCUCUGCUCGUGCCUUCCGUUCGCGCCGCAAAGAAUAUAUUGGUCAAUUGGAAAACGAGAUCACGGCCCGCACCAAUGAAGCUCAAGAGCUGCGUCUUCAGAACAAGGCACUCUAUGAGGAGAAUGCCCGUCUCAACGAUCUAGCUCGCAUGCUUCUUGGUUCCCCACAAUUUGCUAGCUUCCUGAAUGAGAUGCCCGAUGCGCUAGGCAGUUCUUCCCAGCCAUCCCAAGCGCCCCAAUCGCAACAUCAGCCCCCUCAGCAGCAAAUCGGUUCGCAGCCUCCUGUGCCUGCCACGAUUCCCAUGGAGGCCAGCACUGCCGCUCCCCAGCAGUUCCCAUUGCAACAAACCCCCCAGGUCAACAUGACGAUGGUCCCCAACCAACGUGUGGAUCCGUCCAUGAUGGCCAGUAACGGCUGGAAUUCCGGCAUCGACAUGAGUUACGGCAAUGCGCAUGUCUUUGCUGUUCUUGACGUGCCUGCGGGUCCUGAAUUCGAUAUCGAGACUCUUUGCGGCAAACCCCUAUCGCUUGGUUCCAGUGAAAAGAACGAGAUCACCAUGCCUGAUUUGCCUGACAUUCCGGACCUUGACUCCUUGACAGAAAAGUCGGAUGCUAGUGUGUUCAAUGAGGCUUCUCAAUCGGGUCUUUUCGCCGACUCUUCCGACUCGAUGAGUCCUAUCAACUUCGUGAAUGGCAUUGAGACUCCCGCUGAGAAGCCCGACAGGACCGUCGAGCUGGUGAUGGAGACCUCAAGCCAAAUCACCGCCGUCGACAAAAACCGGUUAAGAACGCUUUGCCAAAGCAUGCAUGCUGCCUUCGAGCGAGUCUCAUCCAUGACAUCUCACCUCCAGUGA